UAUGAUGCCUGGUUACUUUCUGGUUGUAGCCUAUGGCUGGUAGACAUGCGUAGAUCUUUACCGGCGACGGCGAAUCAUUUUUUCAAGGAAUGACUGUCAGAUAACAACAAGCCAUUUCCAUUACACUGGAACAAAGUUUCCCCGGUUCCUCUGAGUGUUAUCGGUGAACGAGAUAAUCUGAUUGGACUCUAGUCGACAUCUGAUCAGCUGAGUUAUAUCUUGUCGACUGCACGGAGGAACUCCAAAAAGUCAGGAGGAAAUUAUUCAGGUGCGAAAUGAGCGGCAUCCCCCCCUUUGAUGUUUUCCGAAGCCUGUUGAACAAUAGCUUCAGAGAUAAAGAGCCAUGGCAAAUCGUGACAAUAACUACAACAACGGUGCUAGCGACGGUCUGGCUUUGGGAGUAUUGUUUUCGGGAUGACGAAAGUCUUCUCGAACGAGGAAAAAAGCAGUUUUUUAGGCUUGCAAGAUAUGUGCCGGCCAUCCGCGAUAGAAUUGAUACUGAAUUGGCAGGCAUCAAUGCAAAUUUCGAGAAGGAAGCUGCUCACAGACUUACGGGUAUCUCGACUGUAAGGGAACUACCGGAAAACGGUUGGAGCGAGACUGAAAUUCUCGACAUGGUCAAGAAAUGCGUGAAUCUUGGAAACUACGACUGGAAGGCCGGUAAGGUCUCUGGAACCGUGUACAAAGACGACAAAGCCUUAGUAAACCUCGUUACUGCCGUGUACGGAGUUGCUUCGUACACGAAUCCAUUACAUGCCGAUAUAUUUCCCGGUGUUUGUAAGAUGGAAGCUGAGGUGGUGAGAGCAGCGUGCAAUUUGUUUCAUGGCGAUUCUGAAUCCUGCGGGACUAUGACAACAGGAGGUACGGAAUCUAUUUUGUUGGCCUGUAAAGCGUUGAGAGAUUAUGCGAGAGACGUUAAAGGUAUAAAAAAUCCGGAAAUGGUUGUGCCGACUACAGCUCACAGUGCUUUUGAUAAAGCAGCGCAAUACCUGAAAAUUAGAGUUGUCAACGUUCCGGUAAACCCAAAAAGUUUCACCGUCAGUAUCGAGUCGAUGAAAAAAGCGAUCAGCAGAAAUACGAUCAUGCUGGUCGGAUCCGCCCCGAAUUUCCCGUACGGGACUAUGGACAAUAUCGAAGCUAUUUCAGAACUGGGAGUUCGUUAUAAUAUUCCUGUCCACGUCGACGCUUGUCUCGGCGGAUUUUUAAUUUGUUUUAUGGAAGCCGCUGGAUUUUCUUUGCCGCCGUUCGACUUCGCUCUGAAAGGAGUCGUCAGUAUUUCGGCCGAUACGCACAAAUACGGAUACGCGCCGAAAGGGUCUUCGGUGAUUAUGUAUAGAGAAAAGAAAUACAGACACCAUCAGUACACGAUGACAACAGACUGGCCAGGUGGUAUUUACGGAUCACCAACUGUAAACGGUUCCCGUGCCGGAGGGAUAAUCGCGGCAUGCUGGGCGACGAUGAUGCACUUCGGUAAAAAUGGCUACGUCGAGGCCACCAGAAAAGUGAUCGAAACCACGCGGUACAUCGAACAAGAGUUGAGAAAAUUGGACGGAAUCUUCAUAUUCGGAACGCCAGCAACGUCAGUGAUCGCUCUUGGUUCGGACCAAUUUCAUAUUUAUAGGCUUUCGGACGCGCUGAGUGCUAAAGGUUGGAAUUUAAACCCAUUACAAUUCCCCUGCGGUAUUCACAUAUGCGUGACGCAUCUGCACACCCAGUCGGGCAUCGCGGACGAAUUUUUGGACGAUUUGAAAACGGAGUUGGCUUUAAUUAUGAAAACGCCGGACGUUCCCGUCGCCGGGAAGCUCGCCAUGUACGGAAUGAGCCAAAGUAUUCCAGAUCGAAGUGUCGUUAGCGAUUUUACACGGUAUUUCUUGGAUUCCAUGUACUACAUACCGAGCUCAGAAGUUAAACCCGAAGCGAAUGGAAAGCUACCAGGUUCAUGAAGACGAGAUUUAGCCUAAUCACUUGAAAAUGAACGCACCAUUGAUUCGUUGAUUUUGAAUUAUAUUCAUUUGUUUCGACGAAAAACGCUCAUGAAGCAUAGUACAAUUAAAAUAAUACUAUCAAUUAUCGCAAUUGUUCAAUGCUGAUAAUACCUAUCUUUAUAAUUAUUUUUAUGGUCUCUAAUUAUUACUAUAUUCUACCGAUAAUUAUCGAUCCAAAUAGCGAUCGGUCAUUUUCACAUAUGCAAAAUAUUAAACUUUAUUCAACUUUC